GUCAAGAAGUUCUGGCGUGGAAUGAGAAGACUCUGAGAGGGCAAAGUUAUGACACAGUGCUUUCCUUGACUUCUCAAGUGUGCUCCCGAGCCAUUCUUAUUGUCAACCCUUUGGAUAAAAGAGGCUGUAUCCAUUUACAACCAGACUUUAAUAGCUGUUCACAUCGCUCGAUAAGUCCCCUUGAUCUUGGUAUUCUUUCAAGCUUUUUUUUUUUACAUAUUACAGAUCAGAAAACGACCCAAAGUCCAGACUUACAUCGAAAAGGUCCGAAAAUGAGGGUCCUACCAAAGACUCCAGUUGAAUUUGACAGUUGCCAUAUAAAAGGAGAAAUUCAGAUGAAAUUGACCUACAAGCCAGAGAAAACAUCCCUGUCAGUAACAGUUCUUAAAGCCAGACAUAUGGUGCCUGCAAACGCAGCUGACGCCGGGACCUCGACAACAUUCAUAGUUGUUCAGCUGGUGCCUUGGAAUCGCGGCCGGCCAUGUAUCAAAACGGAACUGCAUGCAACCAGUAUCAAGCCAGAUUGGAAUCAAACAUUUAUUCUGGAAGGGCUGUCUUUAACUGAGAUGGUGAACCAAUGUUUGCAGCUUACUGUCUGGAGCAACGAGCCAAGUUACGACAGAUUCAUUGGGGAAGUUUUGCUUGAUCUUACAGAGGCCCAGUUGGACAGUCAGCCACACUGGUAUAAUCUAGAAGAGCACGACGAGAAUAGCUCUCCGUUACCCUAUCACAGAGACCAGUAUGUAGCAGUCAAAUCUACCAGCUGGGAUAAUGGUACGCUGAAGGACGCCUCUAUCACUAGUCCGGCAGUAUCGCCCGAAGUGCCUUCUCGUCGACAUUCGCCAACAUCGACAGGUGAGAUUUGUGAGGAUUGUCAGGGUUUUCCUGC